UGGUGGGAGCCAUUAUACGUCUGUGAGAUUCUCUUCAGCCGUUCAGCGUUUUGGAUUUUUACCUUCUACUGGAUGUUGGUCUGGACGCCUGUUAAAGGUGACCUUCAGCUGAUUGGUUCGUCUCAGCCAAUCACAGCCGCUCCUGGAGAUGACGUCCUCCUGCCAUGUCGGGUGGAUCCUGAGUGGGACGCCGUGGGGAGGACGGUGGAGUGGUCCAGACCGGACCUGCGGGUCCCGGGCAGACAGAGGCGUGUGGAGUACGUGUACGUGUACCGCUUCCAGAAGACGGAGCGAGACAUGAUGAUGGAGACGUACGUCCAGAGGACGUCUCUGUCAGAGGCAGGACUCAAACGUGGAGACGUGUCUCUGACCAUCAGGAACGUGAGCUUGGAGGACGGCGGCAGGUUCAGAUGUUUCAUCCCAAGCCUGAGGAGAGAUGCAGAAGUUCUGCUGGUUGUCGACCCAAACUUUGUUAAAAUGACGACAACAGAACCGGUUCCUGAUAGAAACAUCACCGCUCCAGCCCCACAGGAGGAGACCAUCAGUACCGGACCCCGGUCCAGGCUGCCUCUGUGUUUUGCUGUUAUUUCCUUCAUCAUUUCUCUGAGUUUAAUUUUCAUCUUCACACUUAAAACGAACAAGAAAUUUAAAGAGAAACUCUCUGCCUUAGACUUUCUGAGGGCUCGGAUUCAAACCAGCAACUGCCGCAUCAAGGAAACCCUGGAGAAAAGCUGA